CCAGUUAAUGAUUAGUGAGCCCCAAGCGGGUGUUGGUGGUAGGUCGGCCUAUGUGCUCUGUCUGACAUUAGGGGUCUGCUUCAUACUAGCACUGAGACUCCAGGCUCAGCGAUGCCCCCGGACCUCUGGGCGAGAAGCUUCUGGUUGUGGGGACCUCUUUUGUGGCUCAGCGUUGGACGUUCAGGGGAUGUACCUCUUACCCCACAGCCAAAGUGCACUGAUUUCCAGAAUGCCAACCUCCUCCGAGGCACCAAUCUCAAAGUGCAGUUUCUCCUCUUUGCACCUUCAGAUCCUAGCUGUGGGCAGCUACUGGAAGAAAGCAGUGACAUCCAAGACUCUGGGUUCAAUGCCAGUCUGGGAACCAAACUAAUUAUUCACGGAUUCAGGGCUUUAGGAAAAAAGCCUUCCUGGAUUAAUACAUUCAUUAGAGCCCUUCUGAAUGCAGUAGAUGCUAACGUGAUCGCUGUGGACUGGGUUUACGGAUCUACAGGUGUCUACUACUCGGCUGUGGAAAAUGUGGUUAAGCUGAGCCUGGAGAUUUCCCGUUUCCUCAGUAAACUCCUGGCGCUGGGUGUAUCAGAGUCUUCUAUCCACAUCAUUGGAGUUAGCCUGGGGGCCCAUGUUGGGGGCAUGGUGGGACAUUUCUACAAAGGCCAGUUGGGACGGAUCACAGGCUUAGACCCCGCUGGACCAGAGUACACCAGAGCCAGUCUGGAGGAGCGCUUGGAUGCUGGAGAUGCCCUCUUUGUGGAAGCCAUCCACACAGACAGCGACAAUUUGGGCAUUCGGAUUCCUGUUGGACAUGUGGACUACUUCGUCAACGGAGGCCAAGACCAGCCUGGCUGUCCCACGUUCAUUCAUGCAGGUUACAGUUAUCUGAUCUGUGAUCACAUGAGGGCUGUGCACCUCUACAUCAGUGCCCUGGAGAAUUCCUGUCCAUUGAUGGCCUUUCCUUGUGCCAGCUACCAGGACUUCCUUGCCGGAAACUGUGUGGAUUGCUUUAACCCUUUUCUGCUUUCCUGUCCAAGGAUAGGGCUAGGAGACCAAAGUGGUAUCAAGAUAGAGCCGCUUCCCAAGGAAGUGAAAGUCUACCUCCUGACCACGCCCACGGCCCCCUACUGUGUGCAUCACAGCCUCGUGGAGUUUUACUUGCAGGAGCCAAGAAGAAAGGACACAAGCAUCAAGAUCACCUUUGUUAGCAGCAACGUCACCUCCUCAGUCAAGAUCACCAUACCUGGACAGCAACUCCGGGGAAGAGGAGUCAUAGCCCACCCUGAGCCACAGUGCCAGAUAAAACAAGUGAAAUUAAAGUUUCAGGCUUCCAGCCAUGUUUGGAAUAAAAACAAGAGUACCAUCGUUGGGAAGUUCUGCAUGACUCCUCUGCCCAUCAAUGACAGUAAAAACACAGUAUGUCUGCCUGAGCCAGUGAACUUACAAGCAAGUGUGUCUGUUUUUCAUGACCUGAAAAUAGCCUGUGGAUAGCAUAAACGUGGGUAGGACACCUCUCUGGACUUUUUUUGAGGAAAAUAUGGUGAGGGACAUGUAUAUGUGUAUGCAACAUAUGCUAGACUAUUGCUACUAACAAGGAAGGUCAAAUUCUUGAUUAUAUUCCUCAUAAUUAGUUUCUAUGGAGGGGAGAUGACUCAUUUUACAGAACUUGGUCCCCAUUGCCGAUCUGAAAAGCUCACGUGGAUGCCAUUUCAGCUUCCCUAUUCCUACGUAACUGCAAUUGCCUCACAUCCUUGGGCAUCUAUACUUAGGAUGCCAUUGAAACAGAGAAGUUUUUUUUUUUUAAAUAAAGCAUCAUGGAAUUUCUGAAUCAUUUAAAUAUUUUAUUGGAAUGGAAAUUCCCUUAUGUAGAAAAAAAAUGAUUUAUAAUCUAUGGGAUUGGAGAAGACAGUAGAUAUUAAAUUCUCUAUAUUAAAGUAGUAACUGAAAAUUAGUUGGAACAAAAGAGGGGAUGAAGAGUGGGGAUGGGGAGGGCAUCACUGACCAUCCCGGUGCCUCCUUUGGGUCUCUGGAAGGUUUGGAGGAUUUUGAUCUUUGUAAAUAACCUUGUUACCAGUCACAAUCCAUCAGAAAAAAAAUAAAAAUAAAAAACAAACAAAACCAGAUGGUGAGCUCAAAUUAAAAGUACUGUUUUCAAUCA